CUUCUUUCCUUUUCUUCUCGUUUUUUCUCUCUCUCAUAUAUUUUUUUUUUCUGCAUUAGGGCAUCUUCUACCGAUUACCCUAUCACCCCCUCGGAAACACCCAACGGUUCACCUUCACCGAGGUACCAAUGCUUCCAAAAGGCAACGUUCCAGAUCCACCAAAAGAAAAAGGUACCGGACGACGGGCCACGCGGACUCCGUGGACGGUUCCGCAGUUUCCGAGUCUAACAAAGCUUGUCCAUCAACUCGUCUAUUUCAUUCGAUACAGUCCAUUAGGCAGCCAGAAUGAAGUUUGAACUUUGGCGUUAGCGGCAGAAAAUUCACGCCUGACGAUCAGACGAGUUUCAUUUGUUUGAUCGACACGACAAACUGAUUCAUACUCGAUCGUGUGUUUCUGCGAGAUAUGCCUCGGCUCGACCCGUCAACUUUUCGCUUAGUAGAUCGCCAGAGUUAGCUGGCCACUAUUUAGCACUGCCACCCAGGAACCAUGUCAGGAUUCCGUAAGAGACGCGCCAACGGGCGGGAAUUCUUGGAGCCUUGGUUUUUUUCCUCGGCAUUGUACCUUGGCCUCCUAAAGUAGAGUCGCUUGGAAUACCAAGAAUGGGAAAUAGGCACGCUCUUUUUCCCUCCUAAAUAUAUCCUUCGCUAGGUCCACUUUGCGGUGGAUUAGAGGCUAUGGUGCACAGCAUGGACUGCGGAGAGCUAGGUAAACGUACUAGAAAAUUUCUAGCAAAUGUGGAUACCCAAGGCUGUUGCUAUAUUAUGCACAUCUAUGUCGGUAGUGCAACGUGAGUCAGAAUACAACGUCGAUUGAUGCGAAAUAUAUCGCUGAAGUAGA